UCGCUGUUGCAGCUGUCAAAAAAUGAAAACAUCUUUUUAUACACACGUGGAUUCAGUUUUUGUUAAAGAUUUUGUUAAAUAAAAAAUAAUUGGAACUUAAAAUGAUUAAAACUAAGAAGCGUCUGUCGGAUAAUAGGGGUGAUGGUCCAAUAAAAAAGAAGUCACAAAAAUUGGAAUUGGAUAAAGGGAAAAAUAAACCGCCGAAAACUGACGGCUCGUCGAAGGCAAAUAAAUUUGCCAAGACCUCUCAACGAAAUGCUAUAGGAAAGAUGGUGAAAGACAAAUUUGCUCCAAAGUCAUUGGGAAAACCUGGCGCAGGACAACCUCGGGGACUUGACAAGUUUGGUAAAAAUGGUAAAAAGCCAGGUUUAAAGGGAGCAGCACCAGGUGAGGGCGAAAAAACGGACUGGCGCAAAUUUAAACAAGAGAAAAAAGAAUUAAAACUUAAACGAAAACAAGCCAAAGAUUCAUAUGAAGUGUCUGUUGAGGCGAAGCAAAUUUACGAAAAGCUUAAAUGUCGUCGUACUGAAAAUAAAUCAGAGUUGGUAGAAAAGCUGUACAAUGUUUUGAACCGUGGCGAUGUGAUCAAAAAGUUGAUAAUGGCUCAUGACACAGCUCGCAUCAUCCAAUGCAUGUUGAAGUAUGCUUCGCCCGCGAUUCGAGAUCAAAUUUCGGAGAAAUUGUUACCACUCGCUGUGGAAAUGUCUGUAUCCAAGUAUUCACACUUCUGUGUUCUCCGGAUGUUCAAAUACGGUUCGCCCACUAUCAAGUCAAAACUGGUCGAUAGUUUUAUGGGAAAUGUAGUACGUUUAGCUGGACAUAAUAUAUCGAGUAAAAUUCUUGACCAUGUCUAUCAUGCUGUAGCCAAUCCAAAACAACGUGGUUAUCUACGCCAAGAAUUCUAUGGAGAAUUGUAUCGAAGUUCCAAAGACGACAACGUGAAAACUCUUGCCGAUACCUACAAAAAUACUCUUAAUAUGAAAAGAUCAAUUUUAGGCGCGGUUAAAUCUAACCUGGAUCAUUUGGCCAACAAGCAAUUGGUAGAUAAUUCCCUAGUUCAUGCAGUAAUUUUAGAAUAUUUAGGAGAGUGUGAGGAUGACAAAAUAGAAGAAACAGUAAGUUCCUUUGCACCUCUUAUACCGCUUAUGCUGACUACGAAGGAUGGCACCCAAUCAGCGACAAUCUGUUUUUAUAAGUCAACACCCAAGAAUCGGCGAGCUAUAAUAAAAACAAUUAAGGAACACCUGGUUAAAAUUUGUACACAUGAGCAUGGGCAUAUAUUUUUACUUGCAUUAGUAAACUCGCUAGAUGACACUAAGGCAACUAAAAAAGCCAUAUAUGAUACGCUGCAUCCUGAAUUGGAAACCCUGAUGGCAAAUCAAUGGGGUCGUCGCGUCAUUGAAUGGCUGGUGGCGCCUGCAGAUACUAACUGCUUUCAUCCGAGUUUCAUAGCUAAUAUAGAGGAUGGUUUGCAAUAUGGCAAAAAGGACAAAGACAUUCGACGCAAGGAAAUAUUCGAGCAAAUUGAAGAAUCCUUAGCUAAUGCGAUUGCUGAUAAUGCCAAAUUUUGGCUGUCUAAUCGACAUAUUGGCCUAGUCACAGCUGAGAUAUUAAAAAAAUUAAGUCAAGAACACUUUGAGAAAGCCACCUCUGCAAUAGCCGAUGUUAUUGUGGACCCAUCAUGGGCCCUAACUGUAGAAGAAGAACCAAAAAUUAAAAACAAAAAGAUUGUUCACGACGUGGAAAAAAUAAUAUCGGAUGCUACAAAAGCAAAGAAGCAAAAACGAUUGGAGCCUAGUUUUGAGGAAAAUGAACAGAAUGAUUCUACUGACGACGAAGUUGAUAAAAAGAAAGAAAAGGAAGCUGUCACAAUCCCUGGCAUCGAAGAGUCGGGCCUGCACAUCGUAUUGAAAAAGAUUAUCAAAAAUGAUAAGGAGCGCCUAACACAAAACAGCGAAGCGCAAACUUUUGGUUCGAUACUUGUACAAAAAUUAAACGAAGAAACGCUAAAAAAUUGGGUAAAUGUAAACCGCGCCUGUUUUAUCCUGCUGAACACUUUCGAGCAAAAUACUGAAUCAACAAAGUCGAUUCUUAAAGAUCUACUGAAACCACUACAUCAAGUCCUGAAAGAGGGGACGGGAGCAGGUCAAAAAUUAUUACUGAAUAAAAUGGAGUUUUAAUAUAUUUUAGUAUAGUGUGAUUCAUUUUAAUUUUCUUCUUUCAUGUGUGUACUUCACUUUUAUGAAUUAUUUGUAGAGUCCAUGCUAUGGA